AUGUUUUUCAACCGGAUGAUCAUGUUGGUGUUACUCCUUCUUUUGCUCUGCCAUGCUGUAUACAAGACACAUCCUAUUAACUGCACUGUAUCUGAUGACCCCCUCCCUAUUCCUCAUCAAUUUUACCACCCAGGUGAUCUUGACAUCGGUGAGAUUGUUUCUCAGGUCAUCUUCCUCUAUAAUAUCUUCUCUUUCAAGGAACAGCCUGCACAGAUGUUGCAUGAUGAACCUUUUUCAGUGCCUAAGAACUACCAGCAUGUCCUGGCCUUGGCAUUUGCUGUCAAAGAGAUCAAUGAGAAUCCAAGAAUCUUACCCAAUAUCUCUCUGGGGUUCCACAUCCUCAAUAGCUACUAUACGGCAAGGAUGACCUCUAAGGCCACCCUGAACCUGCUUUCCACACAACAUAGGUUUGUCCCCAACUUCAAGUGUCAUAACCGGAAAAAUAUGGUAGCUCUCAUUGGAGGAUGUCUCUCUGAAACCACAGCCAAUAUGGCCAUCAUUUCAGCAAGCUAUAAGACUCCACAGCUCCAUCACUUUCUAAGAAGCACCUUGUUCAAUAACAGUGCUGGAGACACUGUGCGCUUUGAUGCUGAUGGCGCAUUAGUUACAGGCUUUGAUGUUACAAACUGGUUAAUGUUUCCCAAUGGCUCAGUGGUUAGAGUAAAAGUUGGAAGAUUGGAUCCCCAGGCUUCUCCCAACAAAAGGUUAACCAUUAAUGAUGACCGAAUUGUCUGGCAUAAAAGUUUUAAUCAGGUGCUGCCCCUUUCUGUGUGCAAUGAGAACUGCUAUCCUGGCUACAGCAAGAAAAAGAAGGAAGGAGAGAAAUUUUGCUGCUAUGAUUGUGCUCCAUGUGCACAUGGGAUGAUUUCUCACCAGAAGGACAUGGAUGCCUGCAUCAAAUGUCUAGAUGAUAAAUAUCCCAACAAGGACCAGACUCAGUGCAUUCCCAGGGUUCUAAGCUACCUCUCUUAUGAAGAAUCUUUAGGGAUCAGCUUGACUAUCGUGGCUAUUUCUUUCUGUUUGAUCACAACCGGAGUGCUUGGAAUCUUUCUGAAGCACAAGGACACUCCCAUAGUCAAAGCCAACAACCGGAACUUCACUUACAUCCUCCUCAUCUCUCUCUUUCUUUGCUUCCUCUGCACCUUGCUCUUCAUUGGACAACCUGGAAAGGCAGCCUGCCUUUUCCGACAAAUGCUUUUUGGCAUUGUCUUCUCUGUGGCUCUUUCCAGCAUUUUGGCCAAAACCAUCACUGUAGUUCUGGCAUUCAUGGCUACCCAACCAGGGUCCCAAAUGAGGACAAGGGUGGGAAAAGGACUGGCCAAUUCUAUUGUCUUUUCCGGCUCCUUGAUUCAAGCAGGCAUUUGUAUAGUUUGGCUCAUUAUAUCGCCUCCAUUCCCAGAUGUAGACAGGCACUCAUUGGACGGGAAAAUCAUAAUGGAAUGCAAUGAGGGCUCUGCUUUCAUGUUUUAUUUUGUCUUGGGCUAUCUAGGGUCCCUGGCUAUUGUCAGUUUCAUUGUGGCUUUCUUAGCCAGGAAGUUACCCGACAGUUUCAAUGAGGCCAAAUUCAUCACUUUCAGCAUGUUGGUGUUUUGCAGUGUGUGGUUAUCCUUUGUUCCAUCCUACCUGAGCUCCAAAGGAAAAUAUGUGGUGGCUGUGGAGAUCUUCUCCAUCUUGUCCUCGAGUGCUGGAUUACUGGGUUUCAUCUUUUUCCCUAAAUGCUACAUUAUUGUCUUUAGGCCUGAGCUGAACAACAGGGAGCACCUGAUUAGAAGGAAAAAAUGA